AUGGAAUCCUACAGAAGGUUUCAGAUAGCCGCCCAGGUACUUUUUAAUGCAUGUGUGGAGUUAAUUAAUACCCUCCUGACCGAUUGGGAACGUCGGCGGUUAGCCAUCACAAGAGUUCAUUCAAUUCAUCGGAGCAACCUGGCCGAAUGGAGCAGAUGGAUGCCCACCAACACACAAACAAAAAGUAUUUUGAAAGGCAGGGAGUCUAGUCGUUCGUUUACAGUCGAGCUGACCAAGUGGCCAUCGUUUAAUCAAAAGGCCGCCAGCCAGCUGAUCUCGGCAAAACUCCCACGCAAACUGUCCAAGCUAGACGAGUAG